AUGGCAGCCUACCUCACCAAGCGUAUCGCCCAUCCUCACCACGGCAUCCCCGUCUCAAGACCGGAAACACCCGCACCAGCAAAGACCGAAAAAUGCAGCCAUCCCAUCCCCAACAAGGCAGCAAAGGGCGUUCCCUUCUUCACCCCCGAACAAGAUCCCCCACCUGGUCUCGCCAUUAAGCCCAGCGAUGGAAGACCCGUGCCUAGACUCUUCCAACCCCUCAAGAUUCGGGGUGUUACCAUGCAGAACAGAAUCUGGGUCAGCCCUAUGUGUCAGUACUCUUGCCAUGAAGGUUUCAUGACGCCUUGGCACAUCACCCAUUACGGAGGCAUGGCGCAGCGCGGUCCUGGUCUUAUGAUGGUUGAAGCUACUGCUGUUCAAGCCAAUGGUCGUAUUACACCUGAGGACGCUGGUAUUUGGCUAGACGCCCACAUCGACACACUCCGCAAAAACGUCGACUUUGCGCACAGCCAAAACACAAACAUCGCAAUCCAACUAGCCCACGCAGGCCGCAAAGCUUCCUGCGUAGCACCCUGGCUGAGCGCCGGCGCGACCGCCACCGAGGAAGUAAACGGCUGGCCCAAUGAUGUAUACGGUCCCAGCACGGAACCCUUCAACGAGCACCACCCCACGCCUCGCAGCAUGAGCAUUCCCGAAAUCAACCAACUAAAGAAAGAUUUCGUGAAAGCUGCUAAUCGCGCUGUUGAAGCCGGCUUUGAUGUCAUUGAACUUCAUUUCGCGCAUGGAUAUCUUGUUUCUUCAUUCCUCACACCUGCUGUUAACAAGCGUACGGAUCAGUAUGGCGGUUCGUUCGAGAACCGUACCCGUCUUGCGCUGGAGCUCGUUGAGGAAGUCAGGGCUGUAAUUCCGGAGAGUAUGCCUCUUUUCGUGAGGAUCAGUGCUUCGGAUUGGUUAGAUACCAACCCCGACUACACCGGCGAAAGCUGGACCGUCGACCAAGCCGCCAAGCUCGCUGAGUUAUUCGCUGAACGUGGUGUAGACGUUAUUGACGUCUCAUCCGGCGGUAACCAUCCUUCUCAAAAGGUUCAAGGCGGACCUGGAUAUCAGGUCAAGUUUGCUAAGCAUAUCAAGAAGGUAGUCGGCGACAAGAUGUUGGUCUCCGCGGUAGGUAGUAUCAAGACUGGUACUGUCGCCGAAGAGAUUAUCUCUGGUGGAAAGGAUGACGGGGAUGUAGCAAUUGAUCUUAUUGCUGCGGGACGAAUGUUCCAGAAGAACCCGGGUUUGGUUUGGGCUUGGGCUGAUGAUUUGGAUAUUGAGAUUCAGCUUGCGCAUCAGAUUGGGUGGGGAUUUGGGGGGCGGGCUACGAAGAAGGUUGAUCAUGUCAAGAUGAGCAUUCCUUGA